AUGGUCGAUCCUCACCGCCAUAUCCGGAACCUCACGGAAGACCAGAAGAAAUUCCUCGAGGAAUGCGAAAAGGAAUUUGCCAAUCGCUUCACGGAGCGUGAUUGGGAAUUUGCCGAGUUCUACAAGAAGGAACCUCAGGUGCCCCCAAUUGUGGAUUCGUGGAUGUCUCGGCAGUACAAUCAGAAUCACGGGAAUCAUCAUCGGAACGAUCACUACCAAAGAGAUGGACGAUAUCGGGGUAGUAGGAAUGACUACAGAUCCCCUGGACGCAGCUACAAUCAACACUAUUCCCAUAGAUACUGACCAACCCAAAGCAGAUGAUUCCUUGGGGAUUUUUUGGGGCUCCCGGGGGGAUGUUUCUGAGUAAACAAAACUGUAAAUAGAUUUGGCCAUUUUCCCAGGCGAUGGGGUGUUUUUUCUCUGCACUAGAUGUUUGUAUUGCAUGCCCUGGGAUGAGACUGUGUAAAUAAAGUGGGCAGAAAAGGCA